ACCACAUCGUCUGUCAAGAAGAAAAUCGUGUCUGUUUGUCUGUGUCUACUGUCUACCAAUUUCGUUUGUCUUCUUAUUGACUUGUUUACAAAAUUCAUCAUCCGUUUUUCUGAUUCAACUAGUCCAUUCAGUCAGGUUGUUCAUGAGAAACAAUCAUUAUGGCAGCAGAAAUCAAGCCAGUUCCUAUUCUUGCAACAUCAGCUGCAGCAACUAGAUCGAACCAGAAGAAACCUAUUCUAUUGCACAAGAUUGAGGGCUAUGAAGAAACUGUGAAUCAAGCUGUUAUACUACCAGGCGAGGAUGGUGUUGUGGCUGUCUGUGAUGACAGGUCUGUAAGAGUCUGGUUGAAACGCGAUUCCGGCCAGUUUUGGCCCAGCAUUUGCCAUUACAUGCCAUCAGGAGCAACAUCUGUCUGCUUUACCAAAAAAGUCUGGAGAGUAUUUGUUGGUCAAGAAAACGGCACAGUUUCGGAAUUUGUACUGGCCGAGGAUUAUAACUCGCUUACACACAAGCGGGACUAUCUAUCACAUCACGCCCGUGUGACCCAAGUGCACCACGCUCCGACUCCUUCGUGGAUACUUAGUGUUGGUCGUGAUAAAUGGUUCCAAUACUAUUGCGCAGUAUCAGGCAGACGCCUUGGUGGUCACAUUUGUCCAGCGUGGGCAUACUGUUUGGAAUUCGAUUUCGCAUCCCGCCAUGUAUUUGUAGGCGACGCUUCUGGUCAGAUUACCAUGUUAAAGUUGGAUCCCCAACCGGACUUGGCCACUAGUAAUACCACAACUGAACAGCAGGCUGUUGGAGUUCAACAAAUCACCGUCUUUAAAGGACAUUCUGGUCCAGUUCGUUCUUUAGCCUGGGAUGCUGGUCAUCAGUUUUUGUUUUCUGGAAGCGAGGAUAAAGGCAUCAUCGCUUGGGACAUUGGAGGCCAGCAAGGGACGGCAUAUGAACUUCAAGGGCACAAGAAUAAAGUCAUGGCUGUAUGUUUUUCUCCCACUGGCCGUAAACUUGUUUCCGGAGGAGAAGACUCCAUGUUGUGGAUAUGGAACAUGAAAGCUAAACGAAUAGAGACUUCUGAAUGGACCGAGUCCAGUACUUGCCAAAGGUGCAGUCGUCCAUUCUUUUGGAAUUUGAGGGGGAUGUUCGAUCAGCGUCAACUAGGUCUUCGACAACAUCAUUGUCGGCAAUGUGGGAGGGCCGUAUGUGAUGACUGCUCACCACAUCGCUCCGUUUUACCUGCAAUCGGUUAUGAAUAUGAGGUACGAGUUUGUGUCGAAUGCAACAAGAGUCUCACCGAUGCAAAUCGAGUAUCGUUAGCCGUUUGUCAAGAGGCUAAACACUCAAUUCUCUGGCUUAAUUUGGACGAAGAGCGCGGUCGACUUCUUACUCUUGGCCAUGAUCGUAUUAUGAAGAUCUGGGAUGUUUCUUCUCUCCUGAAGAACGACGCUUGAGUUUAAUAUCCUGAUAUAUAUCAUUUGGCUGUGAUCGUUUAAAUUUCAUCGUCAUAAACCCUUCCCGCCUGUUCUCACAGCUAUUUGUAAUUUUCAUUCCAAUGCGGUCUGAUAUUGUAUUCUCUAACCGUGCCCUCCCUCUCCCCUCCCCCCCCCCCUGCACCUGUUAUAUUUUGGUGAGAUUUGUGGAUAGUUAAUAUUCGUUUCGAUGAAUAUCUUUGUUUCUUUGUUUGCUAUAUGUUUUAAUCUGCAGCUUGCAGUAAUUUUCUUUGGCAAAAUCGGUCAUCCUCCCGUUGUGCUCCUCCUCAACAUGUGCGCCUUAAGCCCUUCAUGUAUAUCCAAUUUGAACUCGAAUAAAAUUCAUUAAUUAAGAUAAA